CAACUCAUCAUGUAGCCAGCUUUACGAGGUUCAAAUAAGAGACCACUCCCAUCAAUAGCAAUAAUCUCCGUCGCUUCCAUUGCGCUGAGGAAAACAUCACACUGGAAGAGAACAUGUCUCGUUCCUUCGUGUUCUUCCUCUCCUUAUGGAGCUCUGUUAUUGUGGUCGGACGCGGUUGUCCUGAACUAUGCAACUGCUCCGACAAAUACGGACGCCACUUCGCUGAAUGCUCCUACAAAGACUUGGUUGACAUCCCUGAAAGGUUGCCCCCCAACGUGACCACUCUGAGUCUCACCGCCAACAAAAUAUCUCUGGUGGAGUCGGGCAGCUUCGACAAUGUGACCCAAGUCACGUCCUUAUGGAUGGCCCAUAACGAGAUAGUCACCAUCGAACCGGGCACCCUGGCUCCCCUGGUCCAGCUGAGGAACUUUGACGUCAGUCACAACAAGAUGGUACAUUUCCCUUGGGAGGAUCUCCGUCACCUCACAGCCCUGCAGCUGCUGAAGAUGGACCACAAUGAGAUGGUCAGUCUGCCUAAAGACUCCUUGUCUAACCUCAAGGACCUGAGGUCUCUCCGCCUCAACAACAACAGGUUCACCACUAUAACGCAGGGGACUUUCGACAGCCUGACCUCCCUGUCUCAUCUACAGCUCUAUAACAACCCCUUCACAUGCCACUGCAGGAUGGACUGGCUGAGGGACUGGAUUCUAAACGCCACCAUAUCGGUUCCAGAACAGAACUUGAUUGUCUGUGAAACUCCAGAGCAGUUGAGAGGAGCGGAGAUCGUGAAACUGUCUGAGUCAAAGUGCAUGGCCCCUAACGUCAGCAUAACGGCUGAGCCUAACGUUGAGAAUACGACACUCUAUGAAGGCACAGUGUUGAUCCUGAACUGUGAGAUCAAAGGGAACCCAAAGCCAGAGGUUAUCUGGAAAAUCCACACAAACCGUCAAAGUGUAGAGUACCCUCUGUCCACCAAAGAUAAAGAAUCAGCAGAAUCCAAUGAAUCUAACGAGGAUUCUAGAACGACAGACAUUCCAUUUGAAAUGUUCCGUAAUGGCACUCUAGUCAUACCGCGCCUUAGUAAAAAGGACAGUGGCAACUACAGCUGUACUGCCACCAAUGAGUUUGGUAAAGAUGACGAUUCACUAUCAAUAGUAGUGGUAGUACCAAAACCACCACCACCUCAACCUGUUGGAAAAGUGAUUGACCCACCAGUUAUUAUUAAUGGGAAGAAAAUCCCCUCAGUACUUCAACCUGUGAUCAAAACCUCCAUUAAUAACCCUUUUAAACCAUUGAAUAUUCCCCAUUUGGAGGGAAAGUACAAUAUCUUCCCAACCCUUCCUCCCAUUGAAGUUGACACUGAGCGUACAGCGCAAGUGCCCAAAUAUCCAUCCCGUGCAACUAGCAAAUGUACCUUGACCAGUGAGACACAGUACAUCUCCAACCAGGCCUUCAAUUUAAGCCUGGAAGAUGUCAGGCAGUAUACCUUUGACUUUGGAGUCAUAGCCUUAGGGGUGUCAGAGACCGAGGCUAAAGUUAGACUCAAUCCUCUCCUCCUUCCUAAAGACGACACAGACAACCAUCUCAGCGCCUCAGAAGGGUUCCAUUCCAUCCACAACCAAUCAGAGGUAACCAGGAGAGCCCGGGCGGACUCAGGGCUGUAUCUGUGUGUCACCUCAGACCACAGACACUCAGCCAUCCAGUGGUCCAGGAUGGAAGAUGGCAUCAACACCUAUCUGUUCCAGGACCUGCGCCCCGGCGCCAACUACUCCCUCUGUCUCACCUACAGAGGAGAGGACUGUGAGGUACAGGUCCUCUUCACCACCAGGAAGAGAGUUCCUAACCUGUUGAUCAUUAUAGUCGUCAGUAUCUGUCUCCUCACCGUCUCCACCGUGCCCCUGCUGGGGGCCACCUGCUUCCACCUGGUCUACAAAUAUAGGAACAAGACCUACAAGCUCAUCAUGAAGGCUAAAGACCACCAGCAUCACAUGGAGAGGAACCUAGUGGUCAACUUCAACCUGAGGAACUCGUACGCCGAGUCACAGACGCAGAUCACAGCCAGCGAGACGGGGGAGGGAGAGGACGGGGAGUCGGAGAGUGGGGGAGAGAGAGAGGAGGACGUGGAGGGGAGUGGGGUGACCGAGUCGUUCACUCUGUCUCAGUACAGAGGGAAUCUGGAUGAGUGUGAGAUGGGGUCAGAGUUCAGCGAUAGGUUACCACUAGGUGCGGAGGCUGUUAAUAUCUCUGGGCAGUACAACGAGCCACACCACUGAUCCUGUUGUUGUUGUUAGUAUUUGAUAGAUCGUCUUGACUAGACAGGUUCUAGUCCUCUUCAGUCAGGAUCACAUGUAAUGUAAGUCUCACAGUAACUGUUUAUCGAUCCCAUGAGAGAAGAACCUGUGACCUGUCAUUUUUCAAAAUGGCUGCCGUAUCAAUGACCUGGAUACAGUGUAGACAAAGUCAUAGGUGCUUCUGCUGUUGAAAGGAAAAGUAAAGAAGGUAGUUUAUGUACGCUGUGAAGAUUAUGUAAAAGAAAAAACGUCCCUGUAGUAAAAUAUUUAAGCCUAUUCUAAAAAUAGACCCUUCCGGUGUGCUCUUAACAGUGACGUUUCCUGAGACUUGUGACAGUUAUUCAGUGUAGUCUGUCACAGGCAAGAAGGCAAAGAGCUUUGUAACUGUAUCUGAAAUGUCUCUUCUUUAAAGUAACAGAUGCACUUAUGAAUGUCUAUGUUAAUCUAUUGUAGGCUAUCAAUGCUAUUUUCUAUCUAGAGUGAAUGUCUAUGUUAAUCUAUUGUAGGCUAUCAAUGCUAUUUUCUAUCUAGAGUGAAUGUCUAUGUUAAUCUAUUGUAGGCUAUCAAUGCUAUUUUCUAUCUAGAGUGAAUGUCUAUGUUAAUCUAUUGUAGGCUAUCAAUGCUAUUUUCUAUCUAGAGUGAAUGUCUAUGUUAAUCUAUUGUAGGCUAUCAAUGCUAUUUUCUAUCUAGAGUGAAUGUCUAUGUUAAUCUAUUGUAGGCUAUCAAUGCUAUUUUCUAUCUAGAGUGAAUGUCUAUGUUAAUCUAUUGUAGGCUAUCAAUGCUAUUUUCUAUCUUGAGUGAACAUCCGCUUCACUGUUGCCAACAAACCCUUUAAGUUGUGUGUCACAAGCUAUUGUUGUACGUCAUUUUACCGUGACCUUUAACCCGGUAUUGUGUCAAUAAUAUACAGUACCAGACAAAAGUUUGGACACAAAAACCCUUGAAUGAGUAGGUCUUUAUUUUUUUAUAUUUUUUUUUACUAUUUUCUACAUUGUAGAAUAAUAGUGAGGACAUCAAAACUAUGAAAUAACACAUAUUUAAUCAUGUAGUAACCCCCAAAAAAAGUGUUCAACAAUUUAAAAUAUAUUUUAGAUUUUAGAUUCUUCAAAGUAGCCCCCCCCCCCCCCCCCCCCCUUUGCCUUGAGGACAGCUUUACCUUGAGGACAGCUUUGCCUUGAGAACAGCUUUGCCUUGAGGACAGCUUUGCCUUGAGGACAGCUUUGCCUUGAGGACAGCUUUACCUUGAGAACAGCUUUGCCUUGAGGACAGCUUUGCCUUGAGGACAGCUUUGCCUUGAGAACAGCUUUGCCUUGAGGACAGCUUUACCUUGAGAACAGCUUUGCCUUGAGGACAGCUUUGCCUUGAGGACAGCUUUGCCUUGAGGACAGCUUUACCUUGAGAACAGCUUUGCCUUGAGGACAGCUUUGCCUUGAGGACAGCUUUGCCUUGAGGACAGCUUUGCCUUGAGGACAGCUUUGCCUCGAGGACAGCUUUGCCUCGAGGACAGCUUUACACACUAUGUUUUGUUUUUACAUCUAGAGUGAACGUCCACUUCACUGUUGCCAACAAACCCUUAUUAAGCUGUGUGUCACAAGCUAUUGUUGUACGUCAUUUUACAGUGACCUUUAACCUGGUAAUGUGUCCAUAACAUACAUGACCCACGUGUCUCUAUCUCAUAUCCAUUAAAACCCCCACCGUUGCUCAACUCUUACAUUUUAACAGUAAGAUAAGUGUUACAAUUUGAUAGCCUAUGGUUAAAUGUAAGUGUUUCAGAUGUGUACAUUGCCUCAGUGUUCAUCCUCUGCUAUAUGUGCCUGAAGUAAUAAAGUAUUGACAAGGAAUGCUUGUUCCUUAUUGAUUUGCAGCUUCCAAACAUGGCAUGUUAUUCGAUCUAUAGUGAAA